UAUCACUAUCAAUAUAUUGUCUCUGGUUAAUAAUUCAUAUUCAUUCAACCUCUGAGAUUUCAGGAGAUUUAUACUUUUGUUCACAGAUGUCAUCAUAAUCAUUUUUUAAUCAUUUCAAAAUGCUUCAACCAAUUAACGACACUUGCUAAUUGAAAAGAUAACUUGACAGAAAGAUUGAAAUGCCUUGAUUGAAAAAAGAUCGAGUAGGCUAGGGCGGAAUUGCGUAACUGACAUUCACCCACAAUUCCUGGCAUUCUUCCGGUUUCCUUUAUCUGAUUCCUAAGAUGGCGGACCGGCGACGUCGAAGGAGGCGUGCAUCCCAGGACAGCGAGGAGGACGAUGAAUCUGGUUCGGGAUCAGAAAGUGGAAAGUCCCUUUCGCCAACGACGAAGCCCCGAGUACGGGACCCUGAACCAGUAGAGGCACCAGCUGUUCGUGUGGUGCCGGAAAACGCGGCUGAAUCCGAGUGUGAAAGUGAAGAUGGUGUAGGAGAAGCUGUCCUUUCUGACUAUGAAAGCGCAGAUCCUGAGGAGAAUGGCUCCCAUUCAGAGGGAGGUGAGGAGGAGGAGGAAGAGGUCCCUCCACCGGCUGCUGGGCCAAAACCCACUCCUGCUUCCGACACCCCUGCUGCAGAGGGGGAGCUGCAGGAAGGAGGGGGAAAGGAUGAGGAGGGUGAGAAAAGUAUGAGGAAAGAAGUGAAGUGUGAAGACAAAGGCAACCUGGCAGGGGAGCGUCAAAGCGGGGAUGGACAGGAAAGCACAGAAGACUCUGAGAAUAAAGGCGCUAAACCAGGCCAGAAGCUGGAUGAUGACCAGGAUCGUAAUAACCCAGCCUAUAUCCCCCGUAAGGGAAUGUUCUUUGAGCACGACGUCAGAGGAAAUGCACAGGAGGAGGAACGGCCUAAGGGUCGUAACAGGAAGCUGUGGAAGGAUGAGGGUCGCUGGGAACACGAUAGGUUCAGGGAGGAGGAGCAGGCGCCCAAGUCACGUGAGGAGCUGGUUGCGAUCUAUGGCUAUGACAUCCGCAACGGAGGUGUCUCCAAUGAGCGGUCCUAUAGACAGCGCAAGCCCAGACACAGCACCUCUCCAGUCCGGGACAAGCGCUGGCAGGACGGAGACUGGGAGAGGCCCGUCCAUACCUCCUGGCAGCAAGGAGGGAACCCCAACAGCCGUGGCGCCCCCCCAGCCGUGUCCCUGCAGCAGUCUGGUCCCCCCCUCAGCAGCCCCAAACACCCAGCGCAGCAACAACCCCCCAGGCCCUCCUCCCAUCCCCCACCCCGGGGCUUCCAGGGCAACCGCCCUCCCCAGGCCCACCACAGGAAUGACCGAAACCAGGAGUCCCAACGGCCAGGCCCCAAGGCCCACCCCGCCGAGCCCCUCCAGACCCAGAGUUUACCGCCCAUGGACGGGGAACAAGGCCCCAGGGGCCGGGGGAACAGAGGGGCCCAUACAGAGCGCAGCCCUUCGGUCGUGGUGGAAGAGGUCCGCAGCGAGGAGGAUGACGAGCGCAACACAACUACAGUGACAACGUCACAGUCCGUGUACUACAAUCGCCACUACAGUGGCAAGGGAGAUCGCGAAAGGGACUCUGCGCCACCGCCACGACGACAGGAGCAGCAGCGAGGGGGAUCUGCUCCUCCGGCAGACAACCAGGUUACCCGCGAUGCCUCCCCAGCUCCAGAGCGCCCCGUGGAGAAGAAGUCUUAUUCCCUAGCCAGGAGAACUCGCACCCGGGCCACUGAGCUGGGCAAGCAGGCCUCUCUUGAGGAACCUGCCUCCACUGUCUCUUCCUCGGCCCUGAAGAGUGAGCCGUGGCAUGGCCCCGGUCAGAGUCAGGGGGAUGCUGGAGACAGCAGCCAGGGGACAGUACUCACAGGGUUGGACCAGGACCUGACCAGACUCAGCCUGGCCGGACCGAACUGGCCCCAGAACCCAUCUUCGUAUCUACACGCUGAGAUGAGGGGCAUCCCUAGCUCUAUACACAUGGGUGGAGCACCUCCACAAUACAGUAACAUAGAAGAGCUGGGAGCUGGUAACCGGGCAAAGCGGUACUCGUCCCAGCGCCAGAGGCCAAGCCCGGAGCCCGCUCCUCCUAUGCACAUAGGGGUCAUGGAGGGCCACUACUACGAGCCCAUGUCUUACCAAGGACCAAUCUAUUCCCACGGCGACAGCCCCGCCCCCCUCCCACCCCAGGGCAUUCUGGUCCAGCCUGAGAUGCACCUCCCCCACCCAGGACACCCAGGUCUACACCCCCACCAGUCGAGCGGCCCCAUGCCCAACCCGGCUCUCUACGCUGCUCCCCCUGUCUCCAUGUCCCCUGGACAGCCCCCUCCACAGCAGCUGUUGGCCCCGCCAUUCUACCCUCCGCCAGGUGUCAUGACCUUUGGGAACAACAACUACCCCUACCCGGCAGGAGCCACCCUGCCCCCCAUGUACAACCCCCCGGCCCAGUCGCAGGUGUACGGCCAGUCGCAGGUGUACGGUGGGGUGACGUACUACGACCCGAUGCAGCAGCAAGCCCAGCCCAAACCCUCGCCUCCCCGGCGUUCCUCCCAGCCCGUCACCGUCAAACCUCCCCCUCCAGAGGACCGGAGUGGGAAGGCCAGUCAGGAGGUCAGAUCCUAGCACGACUUUCCGAAUGACUACGCCAGUCAGAAGAGAGCGAGGGACAGGGAGACUGGGUCUGCAAUAGAGGACCAGCACCACCUGUGGAGCGGAUGAUGAAUCGUUUUUAUCUGCCUUGUGUUCAGGUGCACCAUUGGUCGGUCGCCCACAAUGCUGAAUGGUUUUUCGCUGUUUUGGUUCACCUACCAGUGUUUUGCCUCUGAGUGGAGUGCUGUUUUCAAACCCCUAUAAAAUGUAACCAUAUAAAACCGUUAAAGAAAGCCCUUGGUAACAACUCCUCUUUAAACAUUACUUGACACCGAUGACGACAUUCGUAGAAUUUUGUUCCUUCUAACAAUCUGUCGUUCAACUGUAGGUAUAUUCAUGCAAAAAAUGUGUUGUAAGCUCGAACAAAUGUUUAGGACUGGGUUAAAGGUGUCAUGUGAGUAUUAUGGAGAGUUAUAACUGGGAUAGGUAGUCAUUUUAUGUGGGCUAGCUAGAGCUGUGUUCGUCCCACCCACCAGACAGAUUCUACUCCAGUGUUUCUGGAACCCUCCAUAGCUAAAAAAAAAAAUGUUUUUACAUUUACACUCUCCUACGUAUUUAUUUGGACAGUGACGCAAAACUUUAAAUGUCUCUACUCCAGUGUUUUGGAUUUGAGAUCAAUGUUUCAUACGAGGCGGCAGUACAGAAUGUCGUCCUUCUGUUUUAAUUUAAGGAUCUUUUAAUAUUUUUUUUCCUUUUUUUUUUUCUUUUUUUUAGAUAUGAAAGCACUAUGUAUCUAGUCCAAUCAAAUGAAAUAUUUGAAUCUCAUGUAAAUGCUGGAGUAGAGACAAAUAAUACAAUUUUGCUUCACUGUCCAACUAAAUAUGUGGAGGAGUGUCUUAUUUCAUCUCACAACGGCAUCGUAGGUCUUAGUUUUUAUUUUAUGGUUUUAAGUCUCGUUAAUGCACUUUUUUUUUUUUUUUUUGAUAAAGAAUAAAUCCUAUAUACAAUUGGUGCUAACCUAUAGCUAGUACCCUAGAAUUUCAACAACUUGUUCUUUUCCAUUUCUCUUUACCUUCCACAUUGUACUGUUUUUGUUGUUUAAACGUAUUACUGUAUUACCAGAGAACCAUUUAACUUUGCCUGAAACUGAUGUACUUGACAGUGCUACUGCUUGGUGAUAGCUUUCUCUAAUGUAAGUGUGUAUAUAGAUAAAUGUAUAUUAAAGCCUGUGGCUUAAAUUCGUAUGAAUACUACCACCUUGUUAUCAAAUGAAUACUGUCACAAUGAACACAAGUCUGCAGGGAUGUCCAGUCUGUUUUCUGUAUACAUGGUUAUGGAUGGAUAAAAAAUAAAUUAAAACGUCUGGCUUUUGACAUUUUAAAUGGAGGUUUGCUUUUUCCUUCCUCAGAAUCCUUUUUUAUAAAAGUAGAGUGACUGGUGUGGCCACUCUACCAUUAUAGCUGGAUCCGAUUGGUCUGUUUGCAGAACAUACUGCUGAUCUGAAAUGUUUUUUUUUGCCUAAAGAAAAUUCCUUUUAACUGCUGUGUUUUACACAGGCAGCCCAAUUCUGAGCGUUUUCCACUAAUUGGUCUUUUGACCAAUCACAUCAGAUAUUUUUCAGAUCUGAUUGGUCAAAAGACUUUGAAUAGAAGUCUAAAAGCAACCUAACAACCCUACAAUGCAUGCAUGUUAUACAUACAUAGAUAUGAUUGUGAAAAUAAUUCAGUUGGUACUGGUGGCUGCAAGCUGUUAUAGUAAGUCUGCCUGGAAAAGGGCAGGUUAUUGAUGUAUCUUUAAAUUGGCUUUAUCUUUUCUUAAACUACUGAAUCAGUAUAAACUGAAUUGAGUUGUAUUAAGUUAUUUGUUUAGAAAUGGCUGGUAAUGUUAUUUUAAAUAUUUUAUUUUCUCUGCCUUAAGAAUAAAUUGGUUUGAAAUGUUUCAUUUUAAAUAAAGGUUAAAUUUUAAAUGACUAGACCUGCCAACACUGAGGGCUUGUUUCAUAGAUGUUUGAAUAUAAAAUGUUUCUUUGUGGAGCAAAUUUUGUUUAGACAGAGGAAUAUUAAACAAAGUAUACGAUAAUGA